AUGUCAAUGCUGAGGGCUCUACGAUUUUUGGCGACGAAAGCCGGUGAUGCUGGCGGCCCGCAGCAUGUACACAUCGGAACCGACCGCAUCCGCGUGCCCACCGCAACUGCUUCGCAAGAGGCGACGGCAAGUGAUAAGCCUGAUGGUAUGCCGAGUCCUCCACCGGAGGGGUUGUGCUGUGGCCAGGGCUGCCAGAAGUGCGUAUGGAUAGAAUACGGCAACGAAUUGAUCGACUACUACCAAGAGCACCCGGACAAAGACGCCAAGCAGCGAAUCGAGCACGAGAUAAAAGACCCUGUGAUGCGGGCAUUCGUGAUGGCCGAGUUGAAGCCGCGGUUG